UCUCUGUCUGUGUCCCUCCCACCCGUCCCCUCUCUCUCUCUCUCGCACACACUCGCUCUCGCACACACUCCCACAGUACAAAGGGGAGGGUUUUCCUUCCUUUAAUUAAUAACCUGUGGAAUUCAGAAUUUCAAGGCUGUCCGUAGUAAAACAUCAUCUGUGCAGAGCUCUGCGUCUCUCUCUUUUCCUUCUCUCACAUCUUGCAGACAUUUCAGGCGGGUUUUUUUGUAUAGAUGUGUUAAAAUAAUGGCUGAACAAAUAUCUUCAGACUACUUCAACUGCCCUCUAUGUACGGAGCUACUGAGGGACCCGGUGGCGAUUCCAUGCGGCCACAGCUUCUGCAUGGACUGUAUUAGCGGAUACUGGAAUGAAGCUGACUACACAGGCAUCUACAUAUGCCCUCAGUGUCGGAUCACGUUCACCCAGAGACCCGUCCUGAGGCCAAACGCUACCCUCACCAAAGUUGCCGAGAAGAUCAAGAAGACAGGCUUGAACCUCAAUUUGAUGCCCGCCAGCAAUGGAAGCUACGCCGGCCACGGAGAUGUUCCUUGCGACUUCUGCACUGGUAAAAAACUUAAGGCUGUCAAGUCUUGCCUCAACUGCCUCGCCUCUUACUGCGAAAAACACCUGAAGCCUCACUACGAGUCUGCCACGUUCAAGAGGCACAAACUGGUGGAUGCACUGGGGAACCUGGACCGUAAAAUCUGCCCUCAGCACCAGAAGAGCCUGGAGUUGUUCUGUCGCACGGACCAGAUGUGUGUUUGUGCCAUCUGUACUGUCAGCGAGCACAAAGGGCAUGACAUCGUCUCAGCCGAAGCAGAAAGGAGUGAAAAACAGGUAAGUAAAGCUGUCUGCUGUAAUAUUUCAUAUGCUCUGAAUAUAGUUACGGACAAAAGUAACCACUACAUGGUUACAUUAGUGAACCUUAAUUGUUUGUUCUCCUUCUUGAGAUUGUGUAUAGGGUAAAGGUGUUCUGCUGUGGAGUGUUAAAAAAAUGCUUAGAAAUGUUGAGGAUACACAGUAUAACCGGUUCUGUUAUUGCAAAACAUACUGGUCCAGAUCAUUACAAAGAAACAUGGAUUGUCAAAUAAGGAGAUUUGCCUUAAACAGAUUGAAAGGCAGUUGAGCACUUAAUGAAACAGAUACAGAUUCAGAUUCCUCAAUAAAACUCUUGAGAUAUGCUACAGGGUGUGUUCCUUUACAACGUGCGUCUCAGCGGUUACGUGACUCAAAGGUUGUUCUGGCCUGCUUUCCGGAAAACUCUGUUCGUGCUGUGAGAGAUAUAAAUGUUAUGAGCUACGAGGGAUGGGAAACAGGGCAGGUCUGGAUUCUGGUGUGGGGUGAGGCAGGUCCCACGAAGGAAUGCGAGAUGGAGAAAAUCAGGCGGGAGUUUACAGACCCCCACCCCACACACACACACUAUCAAGGAAAAAAACAGAGCCUUGUCUUUUUACUAAAGGAAUCGCAAAAAAAUUGCAAAGCUGAAAGAACAACCGGCUCUUCAACUUGUUGACAGUAAUUUCGCAACAAUUGGUACAUUAAAUGUUCAUUAAAUACCUGAAAACAUUCAGUGUGAGUCAUUGGGAAAAAAUAACACUGAGGUAACAAAGAUUUCACCGAAACUAUAUAUAGAUACAGGCUAGAUGUUUACUGUUUCAUCAGGACAGACCACUGAAUAGAAGGAAGACCUUCAAAGGAUUGAAAUUACAAAGCUUUUCCUUCAAUUCUUUAGGAUUGAAUAACCAACGUAAGUCUGCGCUCAAGGCAAAGAGGAAGCACAGCUGUUGAUAUGUUACUGUUUUGACUAAACUGACAUGGGUAUCAUUUAGAUAAUUAUAUCUGUGAUCUAACACUUAUCGCAGGCAUAAUUGCUAAUGGUUUGUUUGUUCUGUUAAACACAGAAACCCACAUUUGAGAUCU